GAGCUGGUGCCGAUUUGCGACUGUUUCUCACCUUAGCAGUGUCAGUGUUUUUAUAAUUUUUCCGUCAUUUCCGUAUUUUUCAAUGCAUCCGGUUCUAGUGAAGUGUUUGGUCAGCAAGUGCAGUCUAGUAACACAACUCGGGCGUUCAGCAGCGGUAUUACAGCGGCUUUCUUUUCAUACGACGAAAAUGGUGCAGAUUAAGGAAGGCGACAAAAUCCCGUCAAUCGAUUUAUAUGAAGAUUCACCGGCUAACAAGGUCAACAUCUCCGAUCUGUGCGCAGGCAAAAAGGUCAUCUUGUUUGCCGUUCCCGGUGCAUUUACUCCAGGAUGUUCAAAGACCCAUCUGCCCGGCUACGUUGAUAAAGCGGCGGACCUGAAAUCAUCCGGUGUGGCUGAUAUUGUUUGCGUUUCCGUCAAUGAUCCGUUCGUAAUGUCGGCUUGGGGAAAGCAGCAUAAUACUGCCGGUAAAGUUCGCAUGCUGGCCGAUCCGGCAGCGGUGUUUACCAAAAAGCUUGAGCUUGGCGCUGAUUUGCCCCCGCUUGGCGGACUUCGUUCCAAGCGCUACUCCAUGGUACUGGAGGAUGGUGUUAUCAAAACGUUGAAUGUGGAACCAGACGGAACCGGCCUCUCCUGUUCGUUGGCAGAUAAGAUUAAGGUCUAAGCGAGAAGGCAAGGUACACGCAAUGGAUUACAGGUGUCCCCAUUAGAUGUAUCAUGUUAGCACCUUAAGAGCACAAACCUUGUGAAUCUAAAAAACCGCAACAAUAAUCCGUUACAAUUGCACUAGAAAGGAAACCCAUCCUCGGCUUUCUAUGGAACUUUAUCUUGCUUGGUCAAGUAUAUAUAAUAUCGUUCACAAUAACGAAAUUGGAUCAAUUCUAUGAGCAAAAACGCUCUCGCUUAAAAAUAGAUUCUUGUUCAUGGUAAACUUUAUUCGUUGAAAUUAAUAUGUUUAUAUAGGAUAUUGGAGAAAUAUUUUUUUUUAAUCCAACACAAUAAAGAAUCUUGCAACAGUCCUUUAGAUGUAUGUAGCUGAGUUUAUGCAACU